AACACCACGGCAAGAAUCCCACGACAUCUCUACCGCCAAUUGAGAUAUCGCCCAUAAUGUCGUCGGCCGCGCCCCUCUUCUGGUCCACGCCCCUCAAAUACUGCCGCUGGGCAGCCCGCGAACGCCCGGCCCUCUUCUGGUCCGUCAUCAUCGGCGCCGCCGGCCCCGUCGCCAUGCCCAUUGUGCCCCCGAUCCGAUACUACUUCGGCGACGUUGAUGCGCCCCCGGUCCCCGUUACCUACCCUGGUCUGACCGGCUACGAUGACGAGUAAACCGUGGUAUCUGUGGAUGAUCCGAGGACGACGCAUGUGGGAGACCGCGAUAGGCACACAUUGUACAAACUACGGCGUUGGAGACAGCAGAGGAGGAUAGAACAGAGAACAAGGACAAGGACAAUCGAGGUCCAUCCAGCA